AUGGCAUCAAUAGCAAAGCGAAUUCCGAGGACCUCUAUUGGUCUAAGGACACCGGAAGUCUUUACGCCUCUGUAUUUCGAGCCAACAACAACCCUACGCUUCAGACUUAAUCCCAGACUGUCCCCAGGAGCCUCCAUAUUCACCCCAAUCAGGUUCUUCUCUACACCUGGCUGUAAAUUCUCGAAAGAAGAGCCUCGAUCUUUCCCCACAAAUGGGUUCGAAAACUUACCAGUAGAAAUUCCGGUGGCCGAAGAACAAAUAUCCGAUUACGACCCCCGUCGAUACUAUCCAGUCCACAUCGGCGAGAUAUUUGAAGAUCGCUUCCAGGUACGCGCAAAAUUGGGCUGGGGAAGUUGUUCUACGACAUGGCUUGCGAGGGAUAUGAGAGACAAAAAAUACGUCGCCUUGAAAGUGUACAUCCAUAACUCAGUAUUUCACCGCGAACUUCCUUUCUAUGAGCAUAUUGCCUCUUACAUCUCCAGCAGCUCGCAUGUCGGACGAGAAAACAUUCGCAAAUUCCAUGAGUCUUUCACUAUCGCUGGCCCGGACGGAAAGCAUAUCGUACUCGUCCAAGAGCCCGCACUUAUGGGGGUAUUUGAUUUUCAAAAAGGCCUCCAGGACAAGCGGUUCGGCGAAGAAAUGGUUAAAAUGAUUCUCGUUGAGGUUCUUCAAGCACUGGACUUUCUGCAUACAGAAUGCGAAGCUAUACAUGCCGAUGUUCAUCCUGGCAACUUCCUAGCCUGUGCUGACGAGGAUCAAAACGAUAUAUUUCAAGUGAUGGACGACCACGAAAUGGAAGCGCCGUCAGACCGCAAGCAAGUCUCGGGGAAUCGAACAAUAUAUGCUUCGCGGGCACUCAUUCCUCAAGAGGGCCCUUUGAGGCUUUCUGAUUUCGGUGAGUCAAGGAUCGGACCGGGCCCGUACAAGUAUAACGCUUUGCCGAUGGUAUAUCGCGCACCCGAGAUUAUGAUUGGAGUGCCGUGGAGUUACCCGAUUGACAUAUGGUGUGUCGGGAUCGCGAGUGCUGGUGAUCUCUGCGAGGCAACUCAUCUUGCUGAAAUCAUCUCUCUGCUUGGUCCGCCGCCUGCCAAGUUCCUUGCACUGAACCCAAGAAUCGCUGCUGAUUUCUGGGAUGAGAGUGUCGUGUCUCCAGGCAAAUGGAAGGGCAUUGUGCCUAUACCUGAAAACCCGGUCAUCGAGUCUAUGGAAGGUCAAAUGGGGCUGCCUCUUAGCUUUGUCAAGUUCCUACGUAGGGCUUUGACUUGGAUGCCAAGUGAGAGGGCAACAGCUAGAGAGCUUUUAGAUGAUCCUUGGCUCAAGGACUAA